GCACGGCGGUCGCUACCUAGAUACAAACGGGUUUUUGCCUCGCUCGCUCCCCGUCCUCCCGGGCUCCUCUAUGUUUGAUUCUUUUUUCACGCCUGGCGCCGGUGGAAAAUAAAAAAGCUACUUGAAUGUACAGCAUGAUGAUGGAGACGGACUUGCACUCCCCCGGCGGAGCCCAGGCCCCCACGAACCUCUCGGGGCAGACCGGAGCGGGAGGCGGCGGCGGCGGCGGCGGCGGCGGUGGCGGCGGCGGGGGGAACAAAGCGAACCAGGACCGGGUCAAGAGACCCAUGAACGCCUUCAUGGUGUGGUCGCGGGGCCAGCGGCGGAAGAUGGCCCAGGAGAACCCGAAAAUGCACAACUCGGAGAUCAGCAAGCGCCUGGGGGCCGAGUGGAAAGUCAUGUCGGAGGCCGAGAAGAGACCGUUCAUCGACGAGGCGAAGCGGCUGCGAGCGCUGCACAUGAAGGAGCACCCGGAUUAUAAAUACCGGCCCCGGCGGAAGACCAAGACGCUGCUCAAGAAGGACAAGUACUCGCUGGCCGGGGGGCUGCUGAGCGCCGGCUCGGCCGGGGGAGGCCCGGCCGGCGUCGGCGUGGGCAUGGGCGUCGGCGUCAGCCCCGGCGGCGUCGGGCAGCGGCUGGAGAGCCCCGGCGGCACGGCCAGCGGCGGCUACGCGCACAUGAACGGCUGGGCCAACGGCGCCUACCCGGGCUCGGUGGCGGCGGCGGCGGCGGCGGCGGCGAUGAUGCAGGAGGCGCAGCUCGCCUACAGCCAGCACCCGGGCAGCGGGGGGCACCCGCACCACCCGCACCCCCACCACCCGCACCACCCGCACAACCCGCAGCCCAUGCACCGCUACGACAUGGGCGCCCUGCAGUACAGCCCCAUCUCCAACUCGCAGGGCUACAUGAGCGCCUCGCCCUCGGGCUACGGCGCCCUGCCCUACGGCUCCCAGCCCCACCAGAACUCGGCGGCGGCGGCGGCGGCGGCAGCGGCGGCGGCGGCCGCCUCCUCGGGGGCGCUGGGCGCCCUGGGCUCGCUGGUGAAGUCGGAGCCCAGCGUGAGCCCGCCCGUCACCUCGCACUCGCGGGCCCCGUGCCCCGGGGACCUGCGGGAGAUGAUCAGCAUGUACUUACCGGCCGGGGAAGGCGGGGAUCCGGCGGCCGCCGCCGCCCAGAGCCGGCUCCACUCCCUGCCCCAGCACUACCAGAGCGCCAGCACGGGGGUGAACGGCACCGUCCCCUUGACGCAUAUCUGAGCCCCCGCCGGCCACCGGCGCCGGGAGCGGCGGAGGCGGGCGCGGGCGCGGGCACCGGCACCGGCUCCGCCACUGGCACCGGCUCCGCCACCGGCCACGGGCCGCCCCGCAGGACUGCGCGCCCCGCCGCCGCCACCGCACGCCCAGCCCCGGCCGCCCGCCCGCUCCCCGGCCCCGGCCGCUCCGGCCCCGCUCCCGCCUUCUCCCCUCUUAUUUUUGCCUCUUGCUCCCCUUCCUUCCCGCCCGCCCUCCCCCGCCUGUCUCUCUCUUUUUU